AUGGCACGCCUUCUUGCCCUGACGCUGCUUGCAGUGGCCAUUUGCUUGCUCCCUGGCUACCCUGCUGGAUUUGUGGCACCAUCCCCUCCUCGUGCUGUUCCAAGGGUGGCUCUGCAGGCCAAGCAAGACUUUCAAGAGACAGAACGCCCAAACAUCCCCGCAGUCGUGUUGGCUGUGUUGGCAGGUGUGAUAGUGGGCUUUGCGCCACCCAGCUUUGCGGGCACUGGUUCGGGCCGUCCUGACUUUCAAGUAGUGAGGCCUGGAUACAUGCAGGGCAUUGACGCAUCCAAUGCGGCAACCAAGCCUGGAGAGAUUGACUAUGUGACCCGAUCUCGCAUUGAAGCGGAACAGUUCCCUGAGGUCCUUAAAGAGAUUCGCAAGACUCAGGCAAAGCUUCAAGAUGCACCCACCAAAGAGCAGAGAAUUGCGAACUACUGGAAAGGAGUGGAGGAGUACAAGAAGGUGGCCCAGAUUUCAUCUUGA